AUGACUUUGGGAGUCUUGACAACUCUCUUAAUUGAUUUUGUUGGUCUCUCAGGAAUCUUAUUAGGCUUCGUCAUCAUCAGACGAUACAGAGGAGAUAAAUAGACUGUCUCAGCUCAAGGAGUAUUAUCUCAAGAUAUGAAUGAACUCCUAUUUGAAGAGAGUCUAGACAGCCAUAGAAUUGAUGAGAAACUAGAUUAUGAUUCUGAACUUGUAAGAAAAAAGACAUUAGAUUUACAAUGGGCAGUGUCUGAGGAAGAGACAAUCUUUGAGGAUGAUUCUACUGAAAAGAAUGACUUGAAAAGAUCUAAGACUGAACCAGAAAAAUAGCAAAUACAAGCCACAGCAAAUGCACCUUUAAUAUAAUAGUAGACGUCAAUACUUGAUGAGAAUGAGGAAUAAGAUUAAAAAAAGCAAAAGCUAGAAUACAUUGAAGUUGGAGAGCAAAUACCAACAGACGAAGGUGAACAAUUUGAUAUUGAUAAAUUCGUUCCCAAAGAUCCAGAGGAAGAUGAGAAAGAAAUCAGAAAGAAAAAUGUAAAGGAAUCAUUAAUGAGGAAAUUUUCCAUAAUUAAGAACACUUUUAGAGGGAAAUCUUACAAGAAAGGUCAAAAUAAGAAAAAGCCUACAGGCAUCCUUGAUUGGUUUAGCAUUCUAAGAAACAUAAAUGAUGAAGACUUGAAAGUCAUUUCUGGCACAGAUGGAGCUUUGUAUCUGAUCUUCUAAAGAUUUGCGGGCAAAUUCUUUGCUAUUAUUUCGAUCAUUAACUUCAUGAUUUUUAUUCCAGUUUAUGCCACAGGCAAACCUGACAAAUUGUCUGAUGUUUAAGAUGAACAAUAAAGAACAAUAGCUAUUUCUUUAUUAACAGUACUAAAUAUAACCGGGAAUGAAAAGAAAUAGCAAGCUGUAUAUUGUAUAAUGACAAUAUGCUACACUGUAGCAGCUUAUGUCUUUAUGUUCUUCUAUUGGAAGAUGUCGAUGGAAUGGAGAUAUAAAAAGCAUUCUCAUAGAGAUAAAUUUCUAGACUAAGAUAUUGCAUUACAUUCAGUAAUGAUUACAAAUUUGCCAACUGAUGUCAACUAGAUAACCAUCUAAAAAAGAAUAAGAGUUGUCUUUGAGAGAAUUUUCCCUGACUAAAAGGUCAUUUCAGCAAAGGCUGUUGGAAAAUUAGAUGAACUUUAUAAUAUGGCUUUAAGGCUGAGAGAUCUCAAAAGAUAUUACAGAUAUUACAAGUUUUAAAACAAAAAGCUAUCUGAAAAAUUCUAGAAAGAGUAAUCUCAAAAAAAUGUAGUUCAAGAUCUUAGUAAUUUGGAAGAACUCAAACCACCUAGGAAAAUGUUGAAGAAAAGAAUUGGAUGCUGUAAGGGUUACCUUAAAUACGAUGCUGAAGGUCAUUACAAAGCCAAAAUCAAGAAGAAGCUAGGUUAAAUCCAUUUGGAGAAAGAAAGAAAAAUGAAGAUCAAUGGCGGGUUUGGUUUUGUUACUUUUAUCUCCAACCUCUAAGUAAAGAAAUGCUUGCAUAAAAAUUACUUUCAAACAAUGAUAAUGGAGAAUUUAACUAAAGAGGAACGAUUGGAGACUCAAGCUUUACAGUGGAGGAUAAAGUAGUCACCUGCUCAAUCAGACAUUAUCUGGGAGAAUAUGUAUAAAGACGAUGGAAUCACCACAGUAAAAUCAUGGUUUUUAGUUAUUAUGUUAUUCCUUUCUUGUGUCGUUUUCAUAACUCCCAUUUCAGUAAUUGACAACAUUAAGCCUAUCAUUGAUGCAAUCACUGAGAAUUUAGGCGAAGGUAAUUUCUUCGCUGUUAUGAUAUCAACAUAUUUAUCGCCUUUAAUUCUUCUUAUCUUCAACUUCGGUAUAAUUCCCUUGCUAAUUGAUUUUAUUGCAUACUUAGAAGAACAUAAAACUAAGAGUAGGAAAUAACUAGGUAUUAUGAGGAAAAACUUUUUCUUCCAGUUAUUCAAUACUGUGGUACUUUAAUUAACAGCACAAACCACUAUUUUAGCAUGUUUAGAAGCAUAUUCCGAUAAAAGCUGGGAAGAUUUGCCCAAAGAACUUGGAGUUAAGUUAGUGAAUAAUAACUUUUUCUUCUUACGUUACACUAUUCAGCUAUGUUUUAUUUCAAAUGGCGUUCAACUUUUGGACAUUCCUCAUCAUUUAAUCAAGAUGAUUAAGUAUUUCUUCCAUUAAAGAGCUUAAAAAAAGGAAGAAAACCCUAAGGCUUAUGUUGAUGAUUUUGCUUUCGAUUUAGGCUACCAUUAAUCUUACUCCAUUGUUAUUUUCUGCAUGGCGCUCAUAUUCACAGGUACUAUGCCCUUGAUAAGCGUCUUUGCUAUGCUUUUUUUUGCUCUCAAAUACUUUAUUGACAAGUAUAACUUAACAUUUGUCUACAACAAGGAAUUUGAAGGUGGUGGUGUCAUUAAGAAACAAGUACUACCAUUUAUGCUAUUUUCAAUAUAUUUCUUCCAAGUUCUGAACAUGGGCUAUUUCGCCUAAUAAUUUGGUGAUGGUUAUUUCAAAGGUGGCAUGGUUUUCAUUACAUUAUAAUCUCUAGUAUUGAUCUUUCUAAAUGUGCAUUAUAAUACUAAAAAGAAGAGAGCAAGAGAUCAACUGUCUUAAUUAGAGGAGAGAGUAAACUGUGUAAAUCUUGAGGAUGUCGAACAAAAUAUCCACAACUCAAAACUUGGAGACGAAUAAAUUUUAGAGACUGACAGGAGAGGAACAAUCAUGAAAUUUGUAGAUGGAAAUAUAAUGAAAGGCACUGAGAGAAGGCUAACUAUGAACGGACAUGAAGAGAUGAGCCAAGAAAAUAUCAAGAAACUCUAGGAGGCUUAUAAGCAUCCAUUUGAUAAAAUUCCUAAAAACUACUUCUAGGAAUUUAACCAUAAAAGCAUCAAUAAAUGA